GUCCACUGCGCAUGCGCGCAGAGGAAAGCGGAAGUAAGCAUCAUGUCGACAGAGGACCCGUUUUUCGUCGUGAAGGGGGAGGUGCAGAAGGCCCUGUCCCGUGCCCGGGCCCUGUUUGAUAGAUGGGAGGAACUGUUGCAGGACGGGACGCAGGUGAGUCGGGACGAGCUCGAAUGGAGCGCCAACGAGCUGAGGAACUGCCUGAGGGCCAUCGACUGGGACCUGGAGGACCUCAGUGAAACCAUCAGUAUCGUGGAGUCCAACCCGGGGAAGUUCAGACUGGCUGACAGCGAGCUUCAGGAGAGGAGAGGCUUUGUGGAGCGGACCAGGACAUCCGUCCAGGAGAUGAAGGAUCAGUUGUCCAGCCCUUCUGCUGUGGCUCAGGCUGAGAAGAAGAACAGAGAAGCACUGCUUACAUCCUCGGGUCAGGACCGGUCAACGGGGCUGGAGGCCCAUCUGGUGUCUGCUAACUCCAAGUUCCUCCAGGAGCAGCAGGAGCAGCAGCAGCUGAUCGUGCAGGAGCAGGAUGAGCAGCUGGAGUUGGUCUCAGGCAGCAUCAGAGUCCUCAAAGACAUGUCGGGACGCAUCGGGGACGAGCUGGACGAGCAGGCCGUCAUGUUGGGCGACUUCGGGGACGAGAUGGACCAGACGUCGUCUCAAAUGGACUCUGUCCUCAAGAAGCUGGAGAAGGUGUCUCACAUGACCAGCAGUCGGAGGCAGUGGUGCGCCAUCGCCGUGCUCGUGGCCGUCAUGAUGGUGGUCCUCAUCCUCAUCUUCGCGCUCUGAUGGCGGCGAACUCUGACACCGUCGGACCACACUCGCCAACACCCCUGCCCCCCCCCACGUCCUGCUUAACCGGUGGUGUUAUGAUGUCAUCAGUGCGUUUGGGACAGUAAUGGUACUCAAUAGGGGGGGGGGGGGGGUCAGGUUAAAACUCAAAUCUGCAUAAAGAAAUCAAGAUACUUCUACGUCUAUAAAUCCGUGUAUUUGUACUUGUAGAAACAAACAAACAAACAAACAAAUAAAGGUCAGGAAGCUCGUCAGGACGAACUUCUGAAGGAGGAGCUGCUGGUAUUUGAUGGCAGAUGGGAGCAGUCUGGGGGGGGGGGCAGUAUUGCCUUAAAUCUAUUUUUAUAUGAUGUAAAUGUGCAGUAUGUGUAUGUGCC